UGUUUUUAUUUCCCUGGCAAUUUGGCACCACGCAAAACGCCGUGCCACGCUCGAACGGAGCACGACUCGACAGCUCCACCGUCUCCGUCCCUAUAUAAGCCGCGCGCCACCACUCCACGGCUUCCAAGAGCGCGCCGCCAGCCAUCCUGAGCUUCUGAGCUUGUGUUCCAGCUUCCAGCACGCCGAUCCCGAGACACCCGUGCUAGCUAACAAUGGCGGCCUCCGUCGAGUACAACCGUCAGGUGUCCGCCCACCCGUGGCCGACCAAUGCGCAGCCCAAGGCCGCCUUCGACCUCUUCUCCUCCUCCGGCGGCGGCAGGCGCCGUUCGGGCGCGGACUCCGACUCGGACGACGAGGACAGCAUCCCGCCGGACUGGCGGGCGCUCUACAGCCCGCGGCUCGACGUAGAGCCGUCGGUCAAGGACCCCCGCGACGAGGCCACCUCCGACGCCUGGGUCAAGCGCCACCCGGCGCUCGUCCGCCUCACCGGCAAGCACCCGUUCAACUCCGAGCCCCCGCUGCCGCGGCUCAUGUCCCACGGCUUCAUCACCCCGGUCCCGCUCCACUACGUGCGCAACCACGGCGCCGUGCCCAAGGCCGACUGGUCCACCUGGACCGUCGAGGUCACCGGCCUCGUCAAGCGCCCGGUCAAGUUCACCAUGGAGGAGCUCGUCACGGGGUUCCAGGCCGUGGAGUUCCCGGUCACGCUGGUGUGCGCCGGCAACCGGCGCAAGGAGCAGAACAUGGUGCGCCAGUCCUCGGGCUUCAACUGGGGUCCCGGGGCCAUCUCCACCACCGUGUGGCGCGGGGUGCGCCUCCGCGACGUGCUGCGCCGGUGCGGCGUCAUGGGGGCCGGCGCCGCCUCCAACGUGUGCUUCGAGGGCGCCGAGGACCUUCCCGGCGGCGGCGGGUGCAAGUACGGCACCAGCCUCCGGCGGUCCGUGGCCAUGGACCCGGCCCGCGACGUCAUCCUCGCCUACAUGCAGAACGGCGAGCCGCUGGCGCCCGACCACGGAUUCCCCGUGCGCGUCAUCGUGCCGGGCUUCAUCGGCGGCCGCAUGGUCAAGUGGCUCAAGCGCAUCGUCGUGGCCUGCAACGAGUCGGAGAGCUACUACCACUACCGCGACAACCGCGUGCUGCCGUCACACGUCGACGCCGAGCUCGCCAAUGCCGAAGCUUGGUGGUACAAGCCGGAGUGCAUGAUCAACGAGCUCAACAUCAACUCGGUGAUCACCACGCCCGGACACGACGAGGUGCUGCCCAUCAACGCGCUGACGACGCAGAAGCCGUAUACGAUGAAGGGAUAUGCCUACUCCGGCGGUGGCCGGAAAGUUACGCGGGUGGAGGUGACCCUCGACGGCGGCGAGACGUGGCAGGUGUGCGAUCUGGAGCACCCGGAGCGUCCUACCAAGUACGGCAAGUACUGGUGCUGGUGCUUCUGGUCGGUGGAGGUUGAGGUGCUGGAGCUGCUGGGCGGCAAGGAGAUGGCCGUCCGCGCGUGGGACGAGGCCCUCAACACCCAGCCGGAGCGCCUCAUCUGGAACCUCAUGGGCAUGAUGAACAACUGCUGGUUCCGGGUCAAGAUCAACGUCUGCCGCCCCCACAAGGGCGAGAUCGGCCUCGUCUUCGACCACCCAACGCAGCCGGGCAACCAGUCCGGCGGCUGGAUGGCGCGCCAGAAGCACAUCGAGACGUCCGAGACCACGCAGGGCACGCUCAAGCGGAGCACCUCCACGCCCUUCAUGUCCACCGCCUCAGCCCAGUUCACCAUGUCCGAGGUGCGCCGCCACGCCUCCAAGGACUCCGCCUGGAUCGUCGUGCACGGCCACGUCUACGACUGCACCGGCUUCCUCAAGGACCACCCCGGCGGCGCCGACAGCAUCCUCAUCAACGCCGGCUCCGACUGCACCGAGGAGUUCGACGCCAUCCACUCCGCCAAGGCCCGCGGACUCCUCGAGAUGUACCGCGUCGGCGAGCUCAUCGUCACCGGCAACGACUACUCGCCGCAGAGCAGCAACGCCGACCUCGCGGCCAUCGUCGAGGCCCCCGCUGUCGUCGUGCCUCGGCUGCCGGCCUCCGCCGUCGCGCUCGCCAACCCGCGGGAGAAGGUGCGGUGCCGGCUCGUGGACAAGAAGAGCAUGUCCCACAACGUGCGCCUCUUCAGGUUCGCGCUGCCGUCGCCUCACCAGAAGCUCGGGCUGCCCGUCGGCAAGCACGUGUACGUGUGCGCGUCCACCGGCGGCAAGCUCUGCAUGCGCGCGUACACGCCGACCAGCUCCGUCGAGGAGGUUGGCCACGUGGAGCUGCUCAUCAAGAUAUACUUCAAGGACGAGGAUCCCAAGUUCCCCGCCGGCGGGCUCAUGUCGCAGUACCUCGACGCGCUGCCGCUCGGUGCCCCCGUCGACAUCAAGGGCCCCGUGGGCCACAUCGAGUACGCCGGCCGCGGCGCCUUCACGGUGGGCGGCGAGCGCCGGUUCGCGCGCCGGCUCGCCAUGGUUGCCGGCGGGACGGGGAUCACGCCGGUGUACCAGGUGAUCCAGGCCGUGCUGAGGGACCAGCCCGAUGACACCACGGAGAUGCACCUGGUGUACGCGAACCGCACGGAGGACGACAUGCUGCUGCGGGAGGAGAUCGACCGGUGGGCGGCCGCGAACCCCGCGCGGCUCAAGGUGUGGUACGUGGUGAGCAAGGUGGGUCGGCCGGAGGACGCGUGGGAAUACGGCGUGGGGAGAGUGGACGAGCAGGUGCUCAGGGAGCACCUGCCUCUGGGCGGCGACGGCGAGACGCUCGCGCUCGUCUGUGGGCCUCCGGCGAUGCUCGAGUGCACGGUGCGCCCGGGACUGGAGAAGAUGGGGUACGACCUCGACAAGGAUUGCCUCGUCUUCUAAGCAGAGGCCGCCGUGCACGAUAAUACGUAGUACUACUUGGUUGUACAUAGCGUAGUAGACCUACGUACGUAGUUGCAUGAUCCUGCAACUUAUUAGCAUAGAAAAGUGCGGGAGUCGGAAUUCUCUUGAAUUCUGGUACAUACUAUACUAGUGGAGGUGGUCGAUCGGACGGUGAUGGCCAAAUCAGCCAUGGGAGCGCAGCCUAUUGUCCUUUUUUGUGUCUAUCUAUGUAUGAAUUGAUGACACUAUUAGAGCAAUAAAAAUGAAGAAUCCUUUGCAAAAA